UUUACCUGAAACAUAUCUCUCCUUUUAUAGAACAAAUUCAUAUUGCAUUAAUACGUUUAAGUUUUUGGCUUCCCAAGAUGCAAUAUACUGGCACUGGUUUUUGCUUCUUUGUUCUCAUCCUUCGUUCCGAUUUCUUCCACCCUUUUCCUUUCCUUCAACGUUUGGGAGGCAGCCCAUACUGCAUCUUGAUGAGAUUAAGGCUCGAAACAGUCAGAUGACUCUCUAGUUGCAAAUACAGGAUGAAUUUCUGGCAGCAUUCCUUUCGUGCUGGCAGAUAUCACUGGUGAAGAAAGAAUUAUUUUUGAGAAUCUCUAGCUAACAAACACAGAAGUGACAAAAAUUGUGUCUUAUUUUUUGUGGUACCUGAAAUGGAGAAAAGGGGGAAUGUGCUGAUGCAAAAGUACGAGUUUGGCAGGCUACUAGGUCAAGGAAAUUUUGCAAAGGUUUACCAUGCAAGGGACCUUAGAACUGGUGAUAAUGUUGCCAUUAAAAUGAUUGAUAAGGAGAGGAUUCUAAAAGCUGGGCUAGUUGAUCAAACAAAGCGGGAAAUAUCAGUCAUGGGACUGGUUAAACAUCCAAAUGUACUGCAACUUUAUGAGGUAUUGGCCACCAAAACCAAGAUUUACUUCAUCAUGGAAUAUGCCAAAGGGGGUGAACUCUUUAAGAAGCUUGCCAAGGGCAGACUCCAUGAAAACUUGGCAAGGCAUUACUUCCAACAAUUGAUCAGCGCGAUAGAUUGUUGCCACAGCAAUGGGGUUUAUCAUAGGGAUUUGAAGCCAGAGAAUUUACUUUUGGAUGAGAAUGGAAAUCUCAAGGUUGCAGAUUUUGGAUUGAGUGCCCUUGUUGACUCUCAUCGCCAAGGAAGCUUACUGCACACAACUUGUGGAACUCCUGCAUAUGUAGCUCCUGAAGUUAUAAACAAAAAAGGCUAUGAUGGAGCGAAAGCUGACAUAUGGUCUUGUGGGGUGAUCUUAUAUGUUUUAUUGGCUGGUCAGUUGCCAUUCCGUGAUGUGAAUCUUAUCGAAUUGUACAGGAAAAUAUGCAGAGCAAAGUACAGAUGUCCAAUCUGGUUUUCAUUUGAAGCACGCAAGCUGUUGUUCAGAAUCCUUGACCCUAACCCCGAUACUAGAAUUCCCAUAUCAAAGAUUAAGGAAAGCUCUUGGUUUAAAAGAGGAUUCAGUUCAAAGGCUGAUAAAAUGAAAACAUCAGUUACAGAUGUGGAGGAUCCAGUCAAGGCUGAUCCAAGUCUUGGUCUAUCUGAGAAUGAAAGUGGUGCUACUUCUGAGGCUAAGCAAUCAUUGGUGCAACCUACUAAUUUGAAUGCUUUUGAUAUAAUUUCUCUAUCAGCUGGAUUUGAUUUGUCUGGGCUUUUUGCAAGAAACAAGGAAAGGAAAGAUGUGAAAUUUACGUCACUGCACUCUGCCUUGUCUAUCGUUUCUGUGAUAGAGGGUAUGGCUCAUGUUAUGGGGCUGAAGAUAACGAAAAUAGAUGGAGGGUUGCUGAAUUUAGAGAAAUCUAGUGAAGGGAGAAUGGAGCCUCUGUCCAUUGAUGCUGAAAUUUUUGAGUUUACCCCAUCUUUCCAUUUGAUUGAGAUGAAGCAAUCUAGUGGUAACACAGUAGAAUACCAGAAGAUGUUAGAAGAGGAGAUCAGACCAGCUCUCAGAGAAAUUGUAUGGGCUUGGCAAGAUGAACAGCAACAGUAGUAGUUAGUGGCAACCAUUGUUUUAUACUCUUUCAUGAUGCCAUUAGUUUCAAUUUCUGGAUCAGUUUUAAUCUUUAUGACAAUAGGUUACUGUUUUGCUGGAUCGGUUGAUAUUUACAGUAUACAUAAUUUUUCAUUGUCUAUGGGUUACUGAAUGGUGAAAUAUCACUGAGCCAUU